GCAGAGAGAGAAAGACCAAGGGAGGCAAGCACAAGAAAAAGAGUUAACUCUCUAAGAGUGUGAGUCAGUAUUACUUGAACCGAACAAGCAGAAAGCAGGAGAAAUGUUUACUCUGUAGAUAUGUUUGAGACUUACCUGAAACGCCGUGCUGCUGGCUGGAAAUAUUUGUGGACUGUACCUUGGCUGCCACACUGUGUAGAUCACAUAUUGUGAAUCACAGAGCACUGAGAAAAGAGACAAAGUUGAUAAUGAAAAUGGACAUGAAGGAUGCUGACAUGACUCUAUGGACAGAAGCUGAAUUUGAAGACAAGUGUACAUAUAUUGUAAAUGAUCACCUCACGGAGCCUGGCACAGAAGGGUGCCCUAUAACCCAGGCUGAGUCUUCCUUGCCAAGGAACUUGAUUUUCAAAUAUGCUGAAAAUGGCAAAGAGGUUAUUGGUGUUAUUAGCAAAGAUAUUAUCCCCAAAGGAACACGCUUUGGACCCCUGGUUGGUGAAAUCUAUACCAAUGACACAGUUCCUAAGGAUGCAAGCAGAAAAUAUUUUUGGCGGAUCUAUUCUGGUGGUGAGCUUCUACACUUCAUUGAUGGAUUUAAUGAGGAAAAGAGCAAUUGGAUGCGUUAUGUAAACCCCGCCCAUUCUGUUCAGGACCAGAACCUGGCUGCUUGUCAGAAUGGAAUGGACAUUUACUUUUACACCAUUAAACCCAUCCCCCCAGGUCAGGAACUGCUUGUGUGGUAUUGCCGGGACUUUGCAGAGAGGUUGCACUAUCCUUCCACUGGCGAUCUGAUGAUGAUGAAUAUCACACAAAGCGAUAUUAAUCCAAAGCAGCAAGCUAAUGACAAAGAUGAAUUUUAUCAGAAAAAUGUUCCCCGAAGAGAACAUAGUGUGAAGGAAAUCCUGAAAACUGAUUCCAGUAAUCCUAGAGGAAGGGACUUAUUCUAUAGCCACAUUUGUUCACAUACUCAAGAAAAAGACUUGGAGAGCUUAAGAAAAAAUUGUAGCCCUGAGAGGCCUUUCUAUCCUCGAAUUGUCUACCCAAUCCGACCUCACAUUCCGGAAGAUUACCUGAAGGCUUCCUUUGUUUAUGGGAUUGAAAGGCCUAGUUACAUUGCCCACUCACCUAUCCAGUCAUCUACCACACCAAGUCCUUCAGCCAGGAGUAGCCCAGACCAAAGUUUGAAAAGCUCAAGCCCUCACAGCAGUCCAGGAGUUACAGUAUCCCCCCUAGCUUCUAUGACUCCAGAACACAGAGAACCUUAUCCAUACUUGAAUGGACUCUAUAACUCAGAAGGACUGGGGUCAUAUCCUGGAUAUGCACCCUCGAGCCAUCUUUCACAAGCCUUCCCCUAUUCCAAAUUCCUGUUACCACCAUAUGGCAUGGGUAUCAACAAUUUCAAUCUGUUUCCAAGGAUGUAUCCUUUCUACAGCAGCUUCCUUGGUGGAGGAAGCAUUUCUAAUCAUAUGUUGAACUCAUCUGCCCUUCCAAGUUCCUUACCAUCUGAUGGGAGCCGCCAGCUCUUGCAGCCUGACCAUCCACGAGACUUCCUCAUCCCUACACAUAACAGUGCCUUCUCCAUCACAGGGGCUGCUGCCAGCAUGAAGGACAAGCCAUGUAGCCCCACCAAUGGAUCGCCCACAGCAGGCACAGCGGCCACUUCAGAACAUAUAAUGCAACCUAAACCUACCUCAGCAGUGUUGGCUGCCAGCAGCAGUGAAGAAGCCAUGAAUCUCAUCAAGACCAAGCGAAACAUGACUGGUUACAAAACCCUCCCAUACCCACUGAAGAAACAGAAUGGCAAAAUAAAGUAUGAAUGCAAUGUCUGCUCCAAAACAUUUGGCCAACUCUCUAACCUGAAGGUUCACCUUCGAGUACACAGUGGAGAAAGACCAUUCAAAUGUACUACUUGCAAUAAGGGGUUCACUCAAUUGGCUCACCUCCAAAAGCACUAUCUGGUACACACAGGAGAAAAGCCCCAUGAAUGUCAGGUUUGCCAUAAGCGAUUCAGCAGCACAAGCAACCUGAAGACUCAUCUGCGGCUCCAUUCUGGAGAGAAGCCUUACCAGUGCAAGCUCUGCACUGCUAAAUUCACUCAGUUUGUGCACCUGAAACUGCACAAACGGCUCCACACCAGAGAGCGUCCCCACAAGUGCAUCCACUGCCAUAAGAGCUAUAUCCACCUUUGUAGCCUCAGGGUCCAUCUAAAAGGCAACUGUCCUGCCGUCCCUGCCUCCAAUCUUUCUGUAGAGGACCUCAAUCGGAUCAAUGAAGAGAUUGAGAAGUUUGACAUUAGUGACAGUGCAGACAGGUUAGAUGAUGCUGAGGACAAUGUUGACAUGGCAUCUGUGGUGGAGAAGGAAAUUCUCAAUGUGCUGAGAAGAGAGAUAGAAGGAGCCACGCUGAAAGGGUCAUUGCAGAGGAACCUGGGAAAUGGGCUCGUCUCCUCAGGAUGUAAUCUUUAUGAAUCGUCCGAUAUGUCAAUUGUGAAGUUGCCUCAUGGUCAUCCACUACCUCGGGUACCUGUAAAGGUCAAGCAAGAAACAGUUGAACCGAUGGACCCUUAAAUAUUGUGGAAAGUGCAUGGACUGAAUGUGUACGGGUGAGAGUGUGCAUGUGUGUAUGUGCACAUGUGCAUACUGAUGCAUUUGUGUGUGAGACAAAGAAGUGAUUUUUUUUAAUUUAUGACUUGGCAAGUCAGGGUGCCUGUAGCAAUUGCUUGUACAUAGUGUCAAUGCUGCAAAGCAAUCUUGGCUUACAGUAGUUUCCUCUAACUCCAGUUGUUAAGAAGGAACUCCAAAGUUGUAUUCUCAGGGCAUGAAAGGAGGCAAGGACUGUUGAUUGCCUCCCCUGCUUCCAAAAAAGACAAUCUUUUAUCCAUAAUCAUUUUCCAGUAAUUGUAUUUCAUAAUUUAUUAUGCAAUUUACCAUCUAAAAAGCAAUAGUUAGAAAAAUAUUUACAAUGACAGAAACUUUCAUUGUACGUGAAAUACAAGUGUUCUUUUUUUUUUUUUUCCUUCCUGUUGUCUUGUGGCCAUUCUUUGUAGAAGUUAUGCCUGCACAUCUGUCCAACAAACCAAAAGGCUGCAGGUGGGGGGGGGGGAAUGUUAUAUACCUAUUUCAAAAAUGAGGUUUUUGUUUUGCCAAAGGUAAAUCCUGGAAGUCCUUAUAGAUGCAGCAGUAUUUUGUAAUUGGACAAGGUGGUUAGAAAUGUGAAAUUACCCCAAAAUGUAUGCAGCAGUUGCAGAGAGUAAGUCAUACUGGUAUAGAGACAGAUGAGAGAUUUUCAUCUGUAGUAUUUCACACCUUAGAUGAAUAGGAAAUUCUCUGUCAGAAAUAAUGUAUAAAACAAGGAAAAAAGUGAAAGUUGAAAAAAGCAUUUCUCAAACCAGCAGUUGGGCAUCACGAAACUUUGAAUAAGAGUUUUACAAUCAAAUGACUUUUUCUGCCCACAACAAACAGUAUUGCUGCAGUUUUAGCCAGUGGGGUACUGUGAACAAAUCUGGUUUUUUAGAUUCUUUGGGAAAGACUUCUGGGACUUCUUUUCUCUCAGCUCUCCAUCCCUCCCUCAGCUAUUUGCCCUCCUUCCCUGGUGACAAAGCUUUUUCUUAUCAAACCUAAUUGGUGUCCCCCCUUCUCUCCCCCCCCCCCCCCGUAUGACUUAAAAUUUCUCUCAGUAUUUGUAAUUAGUACAUUUUGUGGUUAAUUUAAUUAAAAAUGAAGAGGGCAUUGCAAAAUUGUUGAACAACAGUUACCUCAUUGAGUGUGUCCAGUGGUGCAGAAAAUGCUGUUUUAUCUCAUGCUUUGCUACUUUAGAAUACAAAUCAAAAUGUGCAGAGGAAAUGUUUAGCAUGCUUUUUUUUCUUUUUGUAAAUUGUUUUAUUGUGCUAAGCCCAAAGAUACCAUGUCGGCAUACAAGGUGUAGCAAAGAAUACAUGUAUAUUUAUGAAUAUUUAUACCAAUAUACCCUGUGUGUGCGCGCACGCAUUUAUUUUUAUACCACUUACGUUUGUGAGCCAAAACUGUAUAAGAAAAUCUGUUUUACCUAGCUUGCUUCACCCUACCAAAGAGAUAAAUUACCAACUUCAGAACCAUGAUACUGUACUGGUCAGUCAUUCAUAAAUAUAUAUGCACAGUAAUUUUUACUGACAGUUGAUUACUGUAUACUGUUACGUAAAUAAGUUUAUCCACAUAUUGGCUGGAAUUCUUUAUGACAGUUAUGAAUGCAUAAGCUAGCAUUCUGCACACGUGACUGUUACGUAUUCAGGGUCCAUACAAGAAUCAGCAUUAGUUUAGCAGCUAUGUGGAGACUAUGAAAGUCCACUUACCAGGAAACAGCUACUGCAAGCUACAGGGGUCUGUCCUUAUAUCAGUUGGGAGCAAAGGCUUCUGUUCCCAUUCCACCUUAUAUGAUCCAUCUCUAGCAUGAGGCAGAAUUGUGGCAGAGACCCUGAUUUUACCAAUCAUCCUAGAGAUCACUCAUGGGAUGGGAUGGAAAUGGCAGCCAGUUUGCUCCCAAGCAACAAAGGAUCAGACUUCCACUGAUUACAGGGGAUGCUUUCCCAUAAGUGGGGAUUGGGCUGGGAUUCACUGAGUAGCACCAUGGUUAGAGUGCUUAUGCAUUAGUAAAUCCCAUACAGGAUUCUGGCCAUUAUUUCCAAUAUCUUUAACAAAUUCUUUGAAGAUUUUUCAUAUGAGUUCUAGAUCCUGUUAUAUUCUUGGUGAAGAAUUUGGAAAACACACAAUUCAGAUUUAUUUUCCUUUAUUGAAAAACAAACAACCCUUGAUCUCACUCACCUAUGUGUAUGGCAAAGAAUGGCAAAGAGUAGGGUGAGCUAUUUAAAGUAUUCUGGGAAGUCUACCAUAGUUUCCUCUGCUUAGGAAAAGUUUGCAUGAUCAUGUAAUAGGGUCCUGUGCCAGGAGAAAGGCAGAAUAUUCAUAUAAUAAUAAGUAACAAGAGAAGAAGAGCCAGUGUUAUUACACUCUUUUCCACUGUGUUGUGUAUAUAUAUUUGUAUCACAUAAUAGUCUUAAAGAAUUAGACCAUUUCAGAAAUGAUACCAUUCUUAAAUGCCUUCAUAUUUGAAUCACCAAAUAUAUCUAUGGUCUAAAAGCCCGAGGAAAACUUUAAAUAUAGCUUUUGAAGGAAGGAUUACAGUUCAUUACAUUUCUGCUCCCAUAAAUUGUGAGGCAAAUAUAUUUAAAUGUAGCAAUGUUUCAUAAAUGUAGGAUUUUACUGUAGGAGAAACCAAAGUACCACUACCCCUAUCACUGGACACACACUUGCUUUUAAUAAUUGCCUGUAGUGCUUUCUUGUAUUUAAUACAAAUUUUACAAAGAUUUAUAUGCAUCAGCUUUAAAAUUUGCUUUUUCUCUGUUGAAUCUUCUCUCCAUUUAGGAACUUCACAUGUGAAUGUAGCAACAAUCAGUGUUUCUUCUUCUAUCUUUUUUUAAAGAACAGGCUCUGACCAAAGUUAAAAGGCUUUUUACUUUGCUAGAACAAACUAUCCUAUGUUUACGUAUUGGUUUACAUUGUUAUUUAUGUGCAAAAAUGUCAAAAUGUAAAUUAAAUAUAAA